CCAGGGCCGCCCCCGGCAGCGGGGCCCGGCGGCGCCGGCGGGCAGCGUGGGGCUGGGGCGCUCGCACAAGAUGGCGGUGGGGCGGCGGGAGAGCGCGCUCCCCUCUUAGAUGCGGCCGCGGCGGCCCCUGCUCCCGGCGCCCGGCGGGGCUUACAUGGCGCUGGAGGACCUGCUUUGUCUCUGCUUCUCCGCCCUCGCAGUCCUGGCCGUGCAAGGGAGGCUGGUGGAAGGGGAUUCUCUGGAGCUGAGCUGUAGUGCUGGUCCUGCAAAGGUGAUACUGGAGCCAAACCAAAUCGUGGUUUUGGACUGUAACCUGGCCCCUGUUGAGCAGGUCAUCAAUAUCACGUGGAAGAAGAAUGGGUUUCCAUUAGUGGAGCAGGAGCAUCUCCGCGUGCUUCCGAAUGGAUCACUCUUCAUCUCAUCCCAGGCAAAGGACAAUAAAUAUCCUGAGAGGGCUGGCGCUGAGGGUAAUUACUCCUGCGUGUCUCACAGCUCCCUAGGGGCUGUCACCAGUCAAACGGCUGCAGUCAGAUUUUCAACAUUAUCACGCUUUUUCCAACAGCCGGAGUCGCAGACAGUGGAAGAAAAUGGCAUGGCCCGGUUUGAGUGUCGGAUCGAAGGACUGCCCUCCCCUGUCAUCACGUGGGAGAAGGACCAUGAAGCUGUUCCAGCAGAACCCAGGUUUAUAACCCUUCCAAAUGGUGUCCUCCAAAUCGUGGAUGUGCGGGAGAGUGAUGCUGGGGCUUACCACUGCGUGGCAACCAACGCCGCCCGAAAACGCUACAGCAAUGAUGCAGUCCUCAGUGUCCUGAAAGGUUCCCAGCCAGCAGGAGGAGAUGUCACCAUUGUCGCCGCACCGGAGAACACCACUGUGGUGGCCGGGGAGAGCGUGGUGAUGGAGUGCAUGGCGGCUGCUGAUCCCACCCCCUUCGUCUCCUGGAUACGACAGGAUGGAAAGCCUGUUUCCACCGAUGUGAUUGUGCUGGGCCGGACAAAUCUCCUCAUUCCUUCCAGCCAGCCCCAUCACUCAGGGGUGUACGUCUGCCGUGCUAACAAACCCCAGACCAGGCAGUUCGUUACAGCCGCAGCUGAGCUCCGGGUCCUUGCUACACCCAGCAUCUCCCAGGCUCCUGAAACCAUCUCACGCACCCGAGCCAGCACAGCCCGGUUUGUCUGCAAGGCGGAGGGCGAGCCAGCCCCGACCAUUCACUGGCUGAAGAACGGCGAGUCCAUCCUCUCCAACGGGCGGGUGAAGGUCCAGAGCAGCGGGAGCCUUGUGAUCAAUCAGAUCGGGUUGGAGGAUGCCGGCUACUAUCAGUGCGUGGCUGAGAACAGCCUGGGCAUGGCUUGUGCCACUGCCAAGCUCUCAGUGAUCGUGCGGGAGGGUUUGCCCAGCGCUCCCAAGAAGGUGUCAGCCGUGUCCCUCUCCAGCACCACAGUCCUUGUGUCCUGGGAGCGACCAGAGUACAACAGCGAGCAGAUCAUUGGCUUCUCGUUACAUUACCAGCGGGCUGUGGGAACAGAUAACGUGGAAUACCAGUUUGCUGUCAAUAAUGAUACCACUGAGCUGCAAGUCAAGGACCUAGAACCCAAUACCAACUAUGUCUUCUACGUGGUCGCGUAUUCUCAGCUGGGAGCCAGCCGGACAUCCUCUUCCAUUAUUGUUCAGACCCUGGAGGACGUUCCUAGUGCUGCCCCUCAACUGUCCCUGUCGAGCAUGACUCCUGGCGACAUCCGUGUGACAUGGCUGCCUCCUCCUCCAGAGCUGAGUAACGGCAAGAUAACGAAGUACAAGAUCGACUACUGCACCCUCAAGGAAGCAGAUCAGGUUACCUCCAUUGAAGUGGGUGGAAAUGAGACGCAAAUCACUCUCUACUCGCUCCAUCCCAACAAAGUGUACAAAGUUCGCAUCGCAGCCAGCACCAGCGUGGGCUAUGGGGCCCCUUCUGAGUGGACCCAGCAUCGGACUCCUGACAGAGACAACCAGACGCAUGUUCCAUUUGCCCCAACAGAAUUAAAAGUCCGAGCGAAGAUGGAGUCUCUCCUGUUAACAUGGCAGCCCCCAGCCAACCAUGCCCAGAUAUCUGGCUAUAAACUCUACUACCGAGAGGUGGGCCCAGAGGAGUCCAGCGAAGAAAGCCCUUUGGAUGGUGCUGAAGAUGAGAGCUGGGACGUAGGACCCAUAAAACUAAAGAAGAAAGUGAAGCAGUACGAGCUGACUCGACUAGCUCCUGGGAAACUCUAUGAGGUGAAGCUGGUGGCAUUCAAUAAGCACGAAGAUGGUUAUGCAGCGGUUUGGAAAGGCAAAACAGAAAAGGCACCUGCAACAGCAGUAGAUCCCCCUGUGCAGAAGGGUCCUCCGCUGCCUCCAGUCCAAGUCUAUGCGGAGUCCAACAGCUCAACUUCCAUAUGGCUUAGGUGGAAGAAACCUGACUUCACAACAGUCAAAAUCGUCAACUACACCGUGCGCUUCAGCCCCUGGGGCCUGAAAAAUGCCUCUCUCGUUACAUACUACACGAGCUCGGAUGAAGACAUUCUUAUUAGUGGGUUGAAGCCCUACACGAGGUACGAAUUUGCCGUGCAGUCCAAUGGUGUGGGCAUCGAUGGGCCCUUUGGCAGUGUGGUGGAGCGGUUCACCCUUCCUGACCGUCCCUCGACUCCUCCAUCUGACCUGCGGCUGCACCCACUCAACCCCUAUGCUGUCCAGGUGCACUGGUGCCCCCCUGUCGAGCCCAAUGGCAUCAUUGUGGAGUACCUCAUCCUGUAUAAUGCCAACAACACGCAGCCAGAUGACAUGUGGACCUUGCUGACGCGAGAAGGAAAUAUCUUCAGCACUGAAGUGCAUGGCCUGGAAAGUGAUACCAGAUACUUCUUCAAGAUGGGAGCAAAGACAGUCGUGGGAUCUGGUCCCUAUUCAAACGUUAAGGAUGUGCACACCCUCCGGGAGAAGUUGUCUGAUGUUCUGGAUAUCCAUUCUGUCACGGGAAUCAUUGUGGGAGUCUGCCUGGGGCUGCUCUGCAUUCUCUUCUGCAUGUGUGCCAGCUUCCGCAACAGCAAGCAGAGGGAGGUCCUGCCCGGCCUGGAUUCCCAGGCAGCCGGCAACCACACUUACUACCACCGGAGCAGACAAGGAGUGGCAGCUCCCAGUGCCACCUUGGACUCACAUGAGCUAGAGUCCCUCAUGUCCCCACUGCCGGAGGAUGCCCCUGUGCCCCUGGGGGACAUCACAGAACUGACGGAAGUGCACAGCCUCAUCCACACGAGUCUCCCUGAUGACAUUGUCCACGGGAAGAGGAAGUCUUCAUGGAAUAAAUCAGCCAACCAGCCCUGGACAAACAGCAUAGCCAGAUACGGGGACACUAUCACAAAAGAGCCUGUCUCUGCUGUGAACGGAUCACUGAAGCUCCCUUCCAGCGCGGGACAGAAGCUUUUGUUACAAGCUCUGGUCUACGAUGCUGUCAUGAAUGAAGCAAAGAAAAGCCACCCACCAGCCAACCUCCACCAAGUGGAAGCAGAGGUCAUCGUCCAUUCUGAUUUUUCAGCCUCUGACAGAGACUACGACUCCCAGCUGCACACCCUGGAGAGCGAAGAGACAGAAACCGAGGAGCAGGAGCCUGAUGAGCUCCCCUCCGGACAGCCGGCUCUUCCCGGCUCUCCCAGCACCCAGCAGGAUGCUAGCCAAGUGUUGGUGGGCAAUUCUGAGGUUCAGACCCAGGAUGAGCUGUUAGGUACGGACAGAAAGACUAACGAACCAGAGGCCGUUAGCAUCCGGGGGCUCACCAAUGGCUUCCACAGGCACAGAGAAAGUCUGGAUUCAGUGGAGAGCGGAGAUUUGGACUCCAUCCAGGAAGGCAGGGGUGAUGUGCAGCCAGCCAAGUGCCAGUCGCUUUCCACGGCCCUGGAGGAGGCCCCGCUCUGCAGUAACUCUGGUUUAACCAGUUCAUCCUCAGCAUCUGAGAACGUGGCAUGUGUCCACAAUCACUAAAGAGUGAACUAAUCUGAUUUUGAUCAUGGGAGAGCUAGAAGCACUAGUGAGGGCCUGUCCCUCUGAGGUACUGCGUGCCCUCGACUCACUGAGCCCAGCAGGAGCUAAGAAAGGCGCAGCAUCUCACCAGAACAGGAUUCAGACCUGUCAGCUGUACGUAUCACCUUCAGGAAAUCAGUAGUGGAGUGGUAAAGGCCCGUUGUCUUCUCACUGAAGCUGAUGAGUAACUUGGUUUUCAUGGGAGCGGGACUGAGCCAUCUGCCAAAGUCUGACGUGAAAUCGUGGAUAGAACAGAGCCUUCUGCGUUAGGCUGGGGCUGUCGCUUCGCUGUAGUCCUUGAGGCGACUGGCAAGAUGUCUCUUAAUUCUGGGAAGAGGCAGGGUACACCGAGCGAUUCUUCUCAACUGUCUCUUCGCCAAGGAGCGCCUGGCACUUACCUACUGUCUUGUUGGGAUGAAUUUUGUCAGAGGAGUCCCGCAAGGGGUGGAAGCCAACACAAACAAAUGCAGUGAGCUGUAACCACCAGCCUUUUCUGCCCUCCCGUGGUUAAAAGGAUUAUAAGGCUCUCUGUGUGUGCUACCGCAGUAACUCUUACUAGCAGGCUGAUGUAGUGGCCUUUUAUUACACACUCUACGAGUGCCUCUAACAACUUGUACUAUAUAGAACCUUCUUCAGUGUCUGGGUCAUUUCACCAACCUGGACUUUGGUUUAUGUAGGUUCUUGUACCUAAUAUUUUAGGUACACAUCUGUCCUUUUAAUGUACAACAUGUAUUUUUAUUUCCUUGGAACAUCUUUAUAUUAUUUAAUUUUAUAAAGUGGAGUAGUGUGUGGUAUAGAGUAGCAUUUUUACUACUUCUCUCUUUCUUUAUUUUUUCCUCCCUAACAACACAACUACCUCAUGUCUGUUGGAGAAAAAAAAGCAGUAGAUCUACUCUUUUGUUAUAGUCCAUUAUAGGUUUUAACUUAUUCUUAUACUGCCUUUUUCUAAAGAAUACGUUUGCACUGGUUGUUGACUCUUUUUUAAUGCAUAGUGCUGCAGAUCUGAUGUCUCUCUUGCUUUGUUUCUAAGUGUCGCUGUAGGACACCUUCCCUGCAGCUGGAGAGUUGGGUUGUGUUUCUCUGUAGGACUGUGUUUUGCAGGAGCUGGCCAAAGGAGACCGCUUCAGCUGGCGGGUAUUGAUCCAUCUUUCCUUAAGAAGCUUAUACUAGCGAAGAGGAAAAAGAACCUACAAUUGCAAAAGUAACUUGUGAUCUUGGGGACAUCUGUUUCUUUUUUUUUUUUUUGUGCCCAAGUGGAGACAUCUCAGAUGAUUUUGAUUUUCAGAGAGCAGCACUCAGCCUUCUGUAAGCAGUGGGCUUGCUGAAGGCUUUGGGUGAACAGGUGAAAUUUUCCAGUCACUUCUGAGAGUCCUGGCCAAAGUACUUUUGGGGGGUUUUUUUAGGGUUUUGGAGGGGUUUUUUUUGUAAGAGCAGAGCACCACCAGAGCUUAAAAAUUAAAAUAAAAUCUUUGGUCUCAUACCAGUCAGUCCGGUUUGAAAAUCAUCCAGUGACUCUUCCUUGCUGACAUUGUGUGCUUACUGCUGACGUGUCUCUCGGCCUGGCCUCUGGUGUUGGGUGAACUUUUCUCUCCCCUCUUUUUAGCCUGUCUCUGCCCUGUUCCAGGCUUGCAGAGUUGGACUGGAACGCUACAGAUUGGACCAGCUCCUCGGGGGUAAUAAGGAUCGGUAAUUCUGCUCAUUGAGCGUUUUGUAAAUGUUCUGCCUUCCUGGAGGAUUCAGACAUCUGGCCGUUUGUUUAACAAAUGAGGGAAGAGAGGCCAGUCUCCCUCUUUUCCUACCAGAUCCCCCAGAGCUAUACAGGGAGCUGUGUGCUGAUCUGAGAUCCUGUAAAAGGCUUUAGAAUUUUUUUGUGGUGAAAUUUGGACUGAGAUACCACUGCUUGCAGCAAGGAGAACCUUGCUCCACCAGCACCCUAUCCCCGCUCCUGUUGUGAAGAGCCCUGUCACAGUGUGCCCUGCAUUUGGAGCUGAGCUGGACCAGCCCGUGUCCUAGCAAUCCUCCAGCAAUCCCUGUUAGCUCCAGGUCUUCAGCAGAGGAGUUACCUCCAAGCCUCCGUGUACCCUCUUGGGAAGGAUAUUGGAGCUUCCACCUCUCCCCAUCCAUCUCCUCCCAGCAUGACACACCGUUCUGGUAAAUGGCCAUAUUUCCACUCGUUGCACUUGCUCCAUUGCUCCAGCUGCUGCUUGGUAUUUUGAGAAAUGCUGUUCCGUGCUCAGAAGCACCGUGACUCCAAAAGGCUGUGGCACAGAAAGUGGAAAUCAGUGCCAGGGAGCAGGCUAGGCAGGAGUUAGUGCAAAGACCAAGAAAGGCAAGAAAUCAUAACUCAGCAGAGGAAGUACGUAAUUAACCUCCAGAACUCAUUGCCACAAGACUUUGAAACUAAUGACUUAGCAUGGUUACAGAUAAGGCAGUGAAGUGUUAUUGCAGGCAAUAAGGGCAAUUCACAGUUGUAUGGGAGCGGAUGCAAUUGCAGAGGUAUAAACCCUCCAGCUGGGGAGUAUCGGGCACUAGCUGCGGAGGGAGAUUUCUGUAGCUGGCCCUCAGUUCGCAGUUAGUUUCGUGGAAGAGUCCUUGCCUUUCCCCAGAGACAGAACAGACCCUGUACAAGCCACGCUGCUGCCUUUGGUGUCCAAAGAGGGAGAAGGGCCCUUCUCCACAAAGCUCCCUGGAACCCCUGGUGACUUCCUUUCACCUCCAAAACCAAGUCAUCCGCCUGCAAGCAUGACGGCAUGCCGAAGGACCGCUUCCGCUGAGCAUCUCGGCUGCCGGAGGCCAGCGCCGGGAGGAGUUUGACCAGCAGCGGGCACGACUGGGUCACCGGAGUUCUCCUCCCAGCUCCCUGUGGUGACGCUACCUGGGGCAGGUCACGUUACCAGCCCUGAGCUUUCCAUCCAAGGGUCUGUGGGGAUGGAGCCAUAGCUCCUGGAGCACUCCUUUGUACCUGCACCCUCUGCUUCGUCCGUUCUGACUUUAGCAACCAUAUAGCCAUGGAGUGAGUGGCGCUGAUCUGCCUACGAGCUGCCCCUGCCUCUCACUGAAGCCAACACAAGCAGGCACGGUGUGACACCAUUCUCCUGGAUCACCUUGGGCCCAUCACAGCGCCACCAAGGUAGUUACGUGCUCCGAGAGCUUUUGGGGGGGGAUGCAGCAGAGUGCAAACAAUUCUGCUUGUGCAUCACAAAAAUGCUUUGUCUCUUCACGCUGAGACUUGGUCUGAUCUCGUUACAACCCACCAAAUUGUACCAGAGGGUGAAGCUGGCGGCGUUUGGAUGUCCAGGUACUGCGUGGCCGUGGACUGGUAUGCCAGACCUCGGCUUCAGAGACCAGGGCAGUUCCCUGUGAGCCAAGAGAUCCCCACCGAUGGGCGGCAGCGAAGCCGUUCCCUGAACGGACGCAUGUCCAUGCAGAGUGCUGCGUGUCCUUGUCUAACUUGGCUGUGCCCAGGUCCCUCCUGUCCUGAACACGCGUGGGACCUUUCUAGUCUCAGCUAGAAAUGAAUGGAAGAAGACAAAUAAUAACACAUUUUAUGUGUAAAGCUGAAACAACCAGUGCAUAUAUUUUUUUAUCAUGAAAUAAGUAGCUUUCUUGCAGAUUUCUCACAGACACACAAACUGUUGAUACCUUUAAUUACCCAUCGUACCUAAUAUAUGUUCCUGUGCAUCAGACUCCUUUCUCCCUUUUCUUCCUUUCAGUAACACUAAAGAUUAUUGCUGUUCAACUUUUUGCUGGUGUAUAUUGUUUUACAUUGUUAAAAUGUCAGGUUUGUCUCACUGGCAUAAUUUUGUAGUAUUAAUGUUACCAUUUGGCUACACAACUGUAUAUUCCCAUGCUGCUGCGAGAGUCACAGUUCUCAUCCUUUUAUUUCUUUGAAUUCUUUGUUACAUGAAACACAUGACUCGGCUAAAAAUCUCUUUCAACUUUUAGUUGAUUUGAUUUAUUAACAGACAGCAAAGUUCUGGUCUAAAUAGUUCAAAUGAGAUAACUCAUAAUCUAGGUUUUGAAAUUUUUUACAUUACUAGCUAACAGCCCAUGAAAUACGCUGUGUAAGAAAGCAACCAUUUUAAUAGAGCACUAGGUAUGUUUUUGAUCUCAUUAGAAAUAGAUGUUUUGAAGGGAUCAUCGUGUCUUUUCUAAUCAAUACUUUUGUUAGAAAAGAGGUCUUUAGUCCAGCAGAAAUCAACCAUCUCGUUCUGUUACUGUAUUCCCUUGCUAAUAUUUUAAAAUUAAAUUUCAUUUAAUUUUCUACACAGUGCAUAAGGAUGUGUAACCAGAACUUGAUCUCGUUUGAAGGCUGUGUCUGUGUUUGGUUCCAUGCUGUACUUAAUUAUAACUUACUUUCUUCAGACUGUUCUUACUCCACAAAUACUCUUUAGUGUUAAAGUGUAAGAAGACAUUGUCCUUAUAUUCCUUAACU